CUGUGCAGGACAGAAGCAUGUUUAUGGUAGCCUGCUGCCCUACGGUCAGAAACGAGAAGAAGUGGAAUGCAACUAAAUCCCGUCAAAACAACGUCUCUAGUUCGCUCUCGUCGGUGAUGGGGAGUGAAAGGGCCUGAGGAGACCCCCCCCCAAAUCUCCUAUUUGUCUGCUCAAGUUGAUCAAUCAUGUCUAUGACCUUUGAGGCAGGGAGCAGCGUGAUGCUGCUGUUUCACUUCUGGGAUGUGCAAGGACCUGCAGGGAUGGUGCUGUCGGUGUUCAUGGUCCUCCUGUUGACCGUGUUCUACGAGCUGCUGAAGGUGUGGAGGAUCUGGCUGGGGAAGCGCCCCUCCCCCUUCCACUCCUCAGACUGCCGGGGAAGCAGCACUGCAUUAGCCAGUAGCCUGUCGGAGUCCUCUCUGGUCCCCAUGGAACAGACUGCCCCCACUCGCUCCCCCACGAACAGAUGGCUUCUCCGUGGGAUCCAGACAGCCCUGCACAUCCUGCAGGUAACCCUUGGCUACAUGCUGAUGUUGUGCGUCAUGUCCUACAACACCUGGAUCUUCCUGGGGGUCAUCUUGGGCUCUGUCCUGGGAUACUUCAUAGGGUUCCCUCUACUGGGUCAAAUCUGAUCAAACAGAAUAAUCCUUUUCCUGGACUAUAGAUCUAUAGGCACUAGUUAUCCUGUUGGAGAAAGAUGUGAUAUGUUUUUCAGAGCACAGCGUCUUUCAUUCUGACCCUGUUGCACACUAAAUGUGCGAUAGCUCUCCCUGUGACUGUCGCUUUUCAAGUUACCUGAAGUGGAAGGUGGUUCUUCCCUACUUAUCUUAAAGCAGAGGUGUGUGAAGUAAAAAGCAAGAUGGAGACUUCCAUAGAGCACACCCAUGGUACAUUUAAGAUAAGUCUCAGGAAGUUAAUGCUUUUUUUGUGUUACCCUGUAUGACCUACUGUACUAUGCAUAUCCACUGACAUAUGUUUGAGAAUGGCCCUUGAGAAGAGCUCGAGUUCAACCUGUGGCCUCAUUCUAGCAUCUAACUCCAAGGUCAGGCUACUUGCAGAGGGAACUGAGAUUAUGCAUUUCGUCAGCACUAGUCACAAGACAUUUCCUGGAAUUGCCACUGACAGCACAGAAGCAUGUGAUUGAGUGUUGUAACUGUCAGGCUCAUUGGGUAACAGUGUUUUAAUUACUCUUAGGUACAUAGAGAACCGAAUGUGGCUCUUGUUAAUCAUUUGUGAGAUAGGCACUAAAAGGUUGGGGUAUACUUUGUCCUAAAUACAUUUGAGGCAUAUUUCCUGUUCCUAAUCAUGGAUGAACGCAAAGCUUUUUCUUCUUCAAAUCCUAUUGAUCUACAGUAAACUGUGAAAGUAGAUAAUGGCCUGCUUUUAAUCUGAAACACUUUUAGAAGGGUGCUUCUCAAUGGACUUUAUAUGAACAUGUGCUUACUACUGUUGUAUUUUAUUGAUAGUAAUAAAACAAAUACCAC